AUGGCGACCAUGGAGGACGGAAUGAUCGCAGGAGAUAGCGCUGUUGACCAGGAGCCUAAAAGAUCAAUCAUGGAUCAGAUAUAUACGCAUAGCUGGUUUCAGAUCUUGUUGAUCAGUUUUAUCUGCUUCUGCUGUCCCGGAAUGUACAAUGCCCUCACUGGACUGGGAGGCUCCGGCCAAGUAGAUCAAACUGUUGCUGCCAACGCGACGGUUGCUCUGUUGGCAGCGACCGCAGGAACUGCGUUGUUUGUUGUUGGACCGAUUUUCAAUCGAGUCGGCCCCCGGGUUUGUCUCCUUCUUGGUGGAUGGACAUACCCAUUAUACUCGGGCAGUCUAUUGUGCUUCAACUCAACCAACAAUGGGGCAUUCGUCAUUGCAUCCGGCGCUAUACUCGGUGUUGGCGCAUCCUUCCUAUGGGUAGCGCAGGGUGCCAUCAUGACAACUUAUGUGCCUGAAUCACAAAAGGGCCGCGCUAUUGCAGUAUUUUGGAUCAUCUUCAAUCUCGGCGGCGGUCUGGGAUCUUUGGCCAGUUUUGGACUGAACUACCAUUCUACAAGCGGAACAGUUUCCAAUGCGACGUAUAUUGCUCUCUUAAUUGUCAUGGCAGUUGGUUGGCUCCUCGGCGUCUUCAUCUGUCCUCCAGCCUCAGUUCGAGUUGCCCAACUGCAAGCAACCCCCGAAGAGAAAAAGACCUGGAAACAAACAAUGAGCUUCGCUGUGCGUACUAUCACAAACUGGCGUGUGCUAUGCAUGCUGCCUCUGUUUUUCUCAGCCAAUGUCUUCUACUCCUACCAGCAAAAUGUGGUGAACGGCAUGACUUUCGACAUUCGGACGCGUUCCCUCAAUGGCGCUCUGUACUGGAUUGCACAAAUGCUAGGCGGCCUGAUUAUGGGGCUCAUUCUGGACAUGCCCGGCCUAAACAGGCAAAUGCGUGCUCGUGUGGCUUGGCUUUUCUUGUUUGUGACCGGAAUGGCGAUUUGGGGUGGUGGAUAUGCAUUUCAGAAAUGGUCUGACCAUCGCAUGAGGCAGGGUCUCAAACAGGAUAUCGAUUAUACGGAGAGCCAUACUUCCGUCGGCCCGAUGUUUCUCUACAUAUUUUAUGGAGCAUAUGACGCGUUCUGGCAGUCUUUCUGCUACUGGCUGAUGGGUGCUCAAUCCAAUUCCCCUGCUGCGACUGCAAUACUUGUCGGUGCAUAUAAGACAUUUCAGAGUACUGGUGGUGCCAUGUCAUGGCGUGUCAAUGCUCUAGGAAAGCCAGCUAUGACUCAAUUUGCAAUGGACUGGGGGCUUUGUAUGGGAUCCCUCGUUGUUGGAAUCCCUACUAUCCUAGCUGUCACUUUGACCAGUGAUCCAGAGUUGGACCCAGCCCUGGACUCCUCUGAUAAGAUUCAGGAGUAA